AUGGUGAAUAACGACAUUCAGCCAGAUGCUGUCUACGACCCUUGGGCGGUUACCCCAAGCGCGCCUAGUUUGGACGACAAAAAGUUUGAUUUUAUCCCCAAACCGAAGGCAACCGUUAUUCCCGUGACUACAAAGCAGGCGCCCAUCUCGCUCGCAGCGAAUGGUAAACCGAUACCGUCAGUGAAGAAUCCCGAUGGUGGAAUAAGCUAUAAUCCUUCCUUCGAGGAAUGGGAUAAGCUUCUGAUAGAAGAGGGGACAAAGGAGGUGGAGGCGGAAAAGCAACGAAUAGAAGAGGAGAAGGCAGAGCAAGAAAGACAAGCUCGAAUUGCUGCGGCAAAGGACGAGGACGAUGAGGCUCAAUCCAACGACGAAAGUGCAUGGGAAGGCUUCGAGAGCGAGUACGAGACGGCGGACUGGUUGAAGAAGAAGCGACCUGAAAGAAAGACAAAGGCACAAAGAAACAAAAUCAAGCGAAGGAAAGAAGCAGAGAGAAAGGCCAAGUGGGAAGCAAAAAUGAAAAAGCGGGAAGAGCAAGCAUCCCAAAUCAAAGCGAUCGUAAAGGCAAUGCGAGAAAAGGGAGAGGCCGAAGAGUUGCAAGCAAAAGAAGAUGGGUCUUCGGAAGAGGGAGAUGAUCGUAUUCUGAGGAAGAGACCGUUUGGUGGUAAACACCACGUUCCCGAGAAACCUCUUGAAUUGGUACUUCCUGACGAGCUAAAAGACUCUCUUCGGCUGCUGAGGCCGGAGGGUAAUUUACUAGGCGAUCGAUUUCGAAGCCUGCAAGUGCAGGGUAAGCUCGAAGUGCGGAAACCAGUGUCACAGCCCAAGAAGGCGAGACGAACCGGCCAUGGAGCUGUGACAAACGACACGAAAAUGGAUCUUAAAGAUCUAUCCAGUAACUGGAAAAAACUUCAAUCGACUCUUAAAGAGGGAAAACCCUCGACGGGUGUUAAACGCAGUGCCAGCGACGCAGUGCACCAGAAUGGAGUGAAGCGCAGAAAACACGCCGCUUCUUCGCGCCCCGUACACACGAAUAAAACGACAGAGAAGCGAGAACGGGUAUUCAAGAAGAGAAAAAUGUCCAGUGUCAUUACGGGAGUCACUGAUGGCGUGGAGAAGCUCACAGUCAACGGGGACGCGGAAAGCAAGGAAUCCGCCGCGCAAUUGAAAAAGCGGGACAUUGGCCGGGAGCGAGUCAAUGAAGGGCUAUCACCUACUGCCGAAGUAGGAAAAUACAUUGCUAUCGACUGCGAGAUGGUAGGCGUCGGCCCGAAUCCAGACCGCGACUCUGCACUCGCCCGUGUGAGUAUAGUCAAUUUCACGGGAGAUCAAGUAUACGACUCCUUUGUCAAACCGAAAGAGACCGUCACCGAUUGGCGGACCAAAGUCAGCGGGAUUACACCCAUGAGCAUGAUAGACGCGCGAAGUUUCGAAGAAGUACAAAAGGAUGUUGCCGAGUUGCUAGAUGGCCGUAUCUUAAUAGGCCAUGCGGUCUCCAACGAUUUGAACGCGCUUCUCUUGAGCCAUCCGAAGCGCGACAUCCGGGACACGAGCUCCCAUAUUCCUUAUCGAAAAAUAGCAGGAGGCGCGAAACCGCGGUUAAAGGUGUUAGCGGCGGAGUUGCUGGGAGUGACUAUACAAGGCGCGGCGCAUUCGAGUGUGGAGGAUGCUAGAGCGACAAUGUUACUAUUCCAGAGGGAUAAGGAAGCAUUUGAGAGGGAACAGGCGAAGCGAUGGCCCGUUCGAGUACAAAAUGAUAGCGACAAAAAAGAGGGUAGCGGGACCGCGAAAAAGAAGAAGCCGAAAAAGAAAAGAAGGAAGCGGUGA